AUGUACAUGCGGGAUGUGCUCAGCAUCGCAUUAAAAAAAAAAGACAUCUCAUUUUCCGCAUCCUUACAUCCAUCCCUCAGACAACUUCCCAUUAUUUUCAUUCCACAACGGAAAUAGUACUUCCUGAAGGAGCACAGUUGUUUAGGGUUAGAAUUCAUUGUACAUUUACCCUGACUUGAUUUUCUCAAGCAACGUCAUUUUUAUAUUAUUAUCAUUUUAUCUAUAAAAAAAACCCCAUUGGUACAUGCAUCUAAUCCACGUUCAAUACAAAUUUUAAUUUGUCGACGAAUGUUGUUUCAUAGAAAAAGUGAGUGAUUACAAUUUUAUUUUUCAAUCUAAAAGAUGUUUUGCGUCUAGCAAAAAUGGAGGGAAAGAUAUUACAAUCUAUUGUGAUCGUCUGCUUGAGCGUCCCACUUUGGCCUUCCUAUUCGGCAAGUUCGUCAACUAUCAUGGUCGGUGGUGUUUUCGAUAGAUAUCGUGACUUUGGUUUUGAACGUGGUAUCAUCGCUCACAAUACCCAGAAGAAUAAAUCAAGUGCUUUUCAGUUCAUGGCUUACGUACUGCCAGCUCUAUUGGAAGAUCCAUUCAAUGUUACCAGAAGGCUCUGCAAGCUCUACGAUCAGAAUACCCUAAUCACUGGAGGCCAUUCCAAACUGGUCUGUCUCCCGACCCUGCAGUCUUACGCCAACAACUUCCUCAUCCCCUACGUAACUGCCAGCCAAUCCAAAUCAGAUAUGGGUCUGACCAUCGGCAGCAGUGACUACCUGGUGUCCAUGAUGCCCUCUCUGGUCCCACCCGUAGAGGAUUGUGUCAGGUACUUUGGUUGGGACAAGUUCGUCUAUAUCUACAGCUCGGCAGAAGGACUACAAAGGUACCAUACCCUCUCAGCCCGGUUUCCCCCGGAUAAAUAUGACAUCCUGGUUCGUCGGGUCGGAUCCGAAAUCGAGACCCGAAAUCUUCUGAAGAGAUUUCGUGAUUCUGGUCAUCACCGUAUCAUCUUCGACACCACAGGAAACGCCACUCAACUCGUGCUGAAACAGGUAGAUGCACUUGGCAUGAUUACGAAGUCGUUCCAUUACAUCUUUCUGGAUCUGGAUCUAGCUGAUGUCAGCGUCGAUGAAUUUUUAUUCGGAGGGAUGAACAUUACUGGUUUCCAGCUCGUUAACAAGACCGACCCCUACUACCAGAACAUUGAGAACAUAUGGUACAAACGUCAGACAUAUCUCAGACAAGGCAACGUCACCUCAAACCCAAGUUCGGCUUUGGGUUACCUCCCAUUAAAGACGUUGACGGCGUUGACCUACGACGUCACGCGUGUGUUCUGGGAAACAAUCGUUAUGCUCAAAACGACUGGUAGGUUACCUAUCCUGACGGCCAGGCAACCAAGGUUGUGCUCUAGCGCAGGAUUUUUAAAAAUCCCACAGGACAGAGAAGUACUGGAGUACAUCAAAAAGCUGUCGUUCAAGAGUGCAACUGGUAACGUUGAGUUUGAUGAAAACGGUGAGAGAAGCAAUUACACACUCCGGGUACUUGGACUCAAACCUUCAGGGUUAAAAGAGGUCGGUACCUGGCAGUCGAACAACAAAACCCGUCUCACCAUCAACGAGGAGGACCCGAAACGCUUCUUGCAAGACAUUAAUAAGACUUUCAUCAUUACUUCUGUUUUCGAGCCACCAUUUAUGAUGCUGAAGGACGAGAAAGAUCAAAUCCCCGGCAAUGGCCGGUAUGAAGGAUACUGUGUCGACCUCUUACACGCGAUUAACGAACACCAUCCCUUCAAAUUUAUUAUCAGAGUGAGAAACGACAGCGCCUACGGAAACGCCGAUGAGAAUGGAACAUGGGAUGGCAUGGUCAGCGACAUAAUGACCAAGAAGGCCGACAUCGCCGUUGCACCGUUGACCAUCAACUCUGAGCGCCAGCGGGUCAUCGACUUCACCAAGCCUUACAUGAGCUUAGGUAUCAGCAUCAUGAUCAAGAAACCCCAGCACACCCAUCCCAGCGUAUUCUCCUUCAUGCACCCUCUGUCCUACGAGAUAUGGCUCUCCAUCAUCUUCACCUACCUUGGGGUCAGUGUGGUGAUGUUCCUCAUCAGCCGGUUUAGUCCUGACGAAUGGUACCCUGUGGAAAAAGGAUCUUUAAAAAGUGCACCCUCUACGGAAGGUGAUCUAGAUCGUGUGGAACCAGGAGACAAGAAAGAGAACAACUUCGGAAUUCAGAACAGCAUGUGGUUCUCUCUGGGCGCCCUUAUGCAGCAGGGCUGUGAGGUAUCUCCAAGAUGUCUUUCGGGCCGAAUCGUUGGUGCAGUGUGGUGGCUCUUCACGCUCAUCAUCAUAUCGUCUUACACUGCAAAUCUCGCUGCCUUCUUGACUGUCCAGAGAAUGUCCACCCCUGUCAAUUCGGCCGAUGAUCUCGUCAAACGCAAGGACAUCUCCUAUGGUAUUCAGGGGGGCGGGUCCACCGAGAAUUUCUUUUCCUCAUCGAACAUCCCACUAUACAUGACGAUGUGGAAGUCAAUGACCUCUGCCCAGCCGUCGCCGAUCACGAAUUCGUCCAUACAGGGCAUCGACCGCGUCCGCAACGCCAACGGCAAGUACGCCUUCCUGCUCGAGUCGACGAUGAACGAGUAUCAGAAUCAGCAGAAACCUUGCGACACCAUGAAAGUGGGAUCGAACCUCGACUCGAAGAGCUACGGGAUCGGGGUCGCCAGGGAUCUCACCAUGUUGAGAGAUGAAUUGACUCUGGCUAUACUGCAACUUAGCGAAGAUGGCGUCCUUGAUAAUUUGAUGAAGAAAUGGUGGUACGACAAGGGAGAGUGUGAACCUGAAUCAGAGUCAAUAGACAUGCAGGCCAGUGCUCUAAGCCUCAGCAGUGUUGCUGGAAUCUUCUAUAUCUUGGUGGCAGGCAUGGGCCUGGCCAUUGGCGUUGCUCUUAUCGAGUUUUACUGGCGUAACCGAUCUCAAUCAAAUAAAGAGAAGACAUCACUAUCUUUGGCUUUGAAAGCUAAGAUUCGUAUGUCAGUGACGGGUGAGAAAGGAAUCCCGACGUAUCCCAUCAUGAGAGAGGUGAAUGCGAUGGCGUGUGAAAAAGCGCUCUUGUCGAAGGACCGGGAAUCUCCGUCGGCUAUCCGAAGAGGGCAGACAUCGGUUUGAAAGAUAUCCGUCGAAGGGCUCGCUAUCACCUGGUUGUCAGAAAGAGAGAGGAGUUUUUGCAACUGUUGCAUUAUUGCAACGAAAUUCACUUCAGAUUCAAAGAAACAAUAUGACAAUGGACACAUUGGAAAAAUUGAACAAAAUGUAUUGUUGUUGAUCAUGAUUCCUAAUCAUUGUUGUUCGAUAAUGCCUAUAUUAAGGAUUUUUUUUUUUUUUUGGGGGGGGGAAAUUAAUAGUUGGUGGAGUGGGAGUUUGUACCAAAAUCGAUGUCACAUUUUUGUUUGGAUUCAGAAAUAGUGGAAACGGUGCAAAAAUUGUAUAAAGCGCUGAAAGACAUUUUUGUGAUGUAUUGAGCGCUACUAUAAAAGAAAUAUUAUUCUUAUAAUGAAAUAGAAUGUUUCGGUACGCCCAUCAUUCCAUACAUGAAAAGGAGGCGCGAUGGUUCAGGCGGUAGAGUCGUAGCGGUCUUGGUUGCAAUCCCACGACCUUGCAUUCAAAGCUAUGUUAUUGGCAUUAUUAUUCUACAUAGCCACUGAUUUAUAUAUUUUUUUAAUCUCACAGUCUACCAAGUGAGUAAAAUCUAUUACUGCCAAUAUAAUGACAGUCUUUGACAUUAUAGUAUAUCUUUAAAGAGUAGUUAAAUGGUAAGUUUUUAUUGAUAUUAUGUUUACCCUUGUAUUAUCAGGAAAAAAAAUAUUUGCUAUGUAAUGAAUGAAUCAAGUUUACCAUUCCACGCUGGCUUACAGGGGGGCUUGGACCCCCAAAAUUUUCAUGACCAAGAAAAGAACAGAUGGAAAACAGAAAGGGGGUGAACUAUGUUUUUGUCUGAGUAAUAAGUCAAAAUCUAUCACAAAAAAUAGUUUUUAAUUAAAAGGGGUCAACAUUCUAGUCGCUCGUUUCGCUCACUCGCAGCUUUUUAUAUAUAAAUUUUGCCCCGUACGACAGGUUUGGCCCCCUCAAAGUUUUUGGCUCAUUACGCUCCUGCCAUUCCAUGAAAGUUAUCAGCAAUGACAAUUUUUUACUACCGACAGUUAUCAAAGUCAGUGGUGCAUUCAGUCAAACAUUCUGUAGAGAGUAUACAGAACGCGGCGUACCGGCUAGCCUAUACUCUAGGCGGAGGCUGCAGUUAUUGUCUUUGCUGUAAUGCUGAACGUAAGCGAUAGUCUGAUCUGUCGAAGACUACGCAUUGUUAGCAGCCAUCGGACAACAGUGCUUCUCAGACGGUCAGACCUAGUAGGGUUGUAAUUUUUGAAAAUUCUCCUUUGAUUUCCAUGAAGUCAUAAUCAUGCAGUAAAUUUCAUUGUUGAAUACCACGAAUACCGUUUCAAUUAAGUUAAUAUAGAGUAAUAGAGAAAUGAUCCAAAUAAGAACGUUUCAUUACACUUGUUGUAAUCACAAAUUUGCAAUUACAGUUUUUAAUGCUACUCAAAUAAUUCAAUGGCGUGUGAUUCAUUAUCACAUAAUUUCAAGCCAGAAGGACCCGAAAGAUAUGAUUAGUCACUUAAAUCUAUAUUUUAUUUUUCUUGAUUUACCAGAAAUGAAAUACCAUGGAUUUGGCAAAUCUUCAUGCUCAAUUGAUACUUUUCAAAGUUUACAAGAGACAUCUUUAUGCGCCUCGGAAAAAAAAUUAUAACUAGAUAGAUGGCGCUAACAAUAACAAUGCCGAUUAAUAUCAUUUAGAGAUUUCAUUUUUUUCUGUAUUCUUACCGUCUUACAAACAUGACAUGAAUAUAUUCUUUUUUUUAGAAUAAUGGUAUAACCUCUCUACAUCUCUCCCUAUUUAAAAAAAUAUUUUAUAUAUCGAUUUUAUUAACUGCUCUGAAAUUUAAAAAAGGCUUAUGUCUUGGAAAAGUUUUCACCAAACGGUAAAUACGAGUUAAAUUGAUUGCUCUCUGUUUGAAUUUAUGGGUAAUUAUAAUUUUUGUUCAAGAAAUUUAUAUCAAGAUGUAUAUCAUUUUCCUUUGUUAUAUUGCUGUAUUCUUCAUUUUGUAUAAGUACUUUAUUUACUAUAUUUGAAAUAUGUAAUAUUAUUAUCUGAAUAAAAGCUAAAAAUCAUUUAAAAUAAAUACAUUACUGUUAAUACAAAAAUGCCAGUUUUUUUUUAACGAAAUCUGCAUUCAUUAUUAUGAACAAGUGAUCAGGGGCCUGUUGCAGAAAGAGUUGCGAUCAAACGCAACUCAAAAAAUCAAGCGCAACUUGAUCUUCAGCCAAUGAAGCACCCAUAAUUGGGACUUGCGCUUGAUAUUUUGACUUGCGUUUAAACGCAACUCUUUCUGCAACAGGCCCCAGGGGCCUGAAGGGUUAACAUCGGAAGUUUUCCCUUCAAACUACUUUCAACAAUUUUUGUCUUUUUCAUUGAAAAAUAGGUCUAUUUUAUUCGAGGUAAACUUUUUUGUGUGAUAAGUUCAGAAAAUAAGUCAUGACGAAAUAUCAAGCCAUGCUGUUAAUGAUUAUUAUUGAUUGUAACUUUGGGUAUUUCACAGAUGCAUUUAUUUUAACGUGCACUUUCCUCUACCAAUUUCCCUCCAAUUCAUAUUAUAUGAUAUUUCAAUACUAAGUACUUCAAAUUCCUAUUUCAAUGAAACUUUGAAAUAUCCCAUUAUGUGAGAAAUGUUCACAAUAAUAACACAAUAUUACCGUUUGAUUGUACAGUGAAUUGUCGGUAAAUAAAUGAUUGUGACAGUACACAG